AUGAGCACUACCACCAGCACAACCUCAACCCCAUUAUCACUCCUCUUGCAAAAGUUGAGGGAUGUGACCUCACAAUUGACAACAAAACCACUAUACGCCCCGCAUCAGGCAGAGUACGCAGAGGCGGUGCAACUCAUUGAGUCCUAUGUUUUGGCAAUGAGUGAUAGUUCGUGGCGAGCUGCCCUCUCAGACGGUGUUGUUUCUGAUAUUAUUGGAUUUGCUAUAGGAAGUGUGUCGCGUGAUGAACUCUCAUUUGUAGCUGUACAGGCAUGGUUAGAUACGAUGGAUGCACUGCUGGUGCGGACGAAGCCGGCUGCCAACCCCACUCACCUUGUGCUUCAGUUGUGGGAUACUGCAACACGGAUGGCGAGGGAUCGUAGCAGCGAGAGUGGUACACUUACAGCUGUAUUGCAGCUUCUUCGUGUAAUGUUGCAGCGGCGACCAAUGAGUAUUGACUGUAUCCCACGGCAACAUCUCCCACAUCCUCUGAAAACAGUGGGAAUUACACCUCGGUUAGCAGCUCUUGAGCUACUCCCAUUACUUAUUCUACAUACAAAACACCCAACACAGAAUUAUCAUCAUCAUCAACAGCAACAUACAGAACGGUGUACUAAUCACAACGUUCAGAAAAUUAUCCUUACAUCUCCAUGGUUUGAAUAUUUACGUAAAUCCUUAACAUGUCCCAUCCCUGCUAUACGAGGGAAAGCAGUAGAAACUAUUUGCGUUCUGUUACAUGAAGGUCUUUCACCUGAUGCGACACAAAUAACUAAUCUUUUGGAUCUUAUUAUGCGACUUGUAGAAGGGGGUGAAAUGUCUCCGAAAGUACAAAAUGAUUUGGGGACCGCAGUGGGACGUCUGAUGGCUCUUUCCCAGCGUGGAGCAGGGUGGAGUCACUUUGCUGCUACUAAUGCUUCUGAUUCAGCACGUAUUACUGCUCGUAUAUUUCAAUAUGCUACAAUGACACGAUCUACACAACGAAUUCUUUCCAUUGCAAUCGGUGAACUUUUAUUUAUACUAGCUACAUCCCCGACAUCGGUGGAUGAAGCUAUCAAUUGCGUUUUUGGGUUACUAGUACCUCUUCGGAACGAUGAGAGAACGUACAUGCCUCCCAUAGUUUCACGUGCUGUGCAACGUUGGGCAUCACUUGUAGGUUCUGAUAUGGUACGUGUUGCCAUUGUACGUAGUCUUACACGUUUUCUUGAUACUUCUUCGGGAAAGACAGCCACACAUACCGCGUUGCUGUGUUUAGAGGGUGUGUUACUCACUACCGUUGCGACGAGUGACUUUGAUGUGUUGCUUUGGGCGCAGUUACUCUUGGUACCGCAGAGGCACCCAACUCUUGCACAGGCGGCUAGUGAAGCUGCGGCGAGCUUGGCUCAACGAAGUGAGAUGUGCGGAAGGACGUUAUUGCGGGAUUUGUAUACUGCCUGUGGUGAGAUUGAACCGGAGAAGGUGUUGAUGCCGUCCUUUACAUUACGGGCGAAGGUGUUGUUGGCAAUGCCGUCAUGGUUCCUGCGGCGCCCUGUCGUACUGGAAACACUACUCGCUGUUGUGGCGUCUCUCAGCAUUGACACACCGCCGCCACGUGUGGAAGGGGCAUUUCUGCGUCGUGUCACAUACUUUAACCGUCUAGCACUGUUGUUGCUCAUCCACCAACGUGAACGACUGGCACCUGCAGUUAUCGCCAAUAUAAAGACCUCUGUACGUGUAUUUCUUAGUCUUCUUGUUAGCAACCCAUCGGAGGCUCCUCUUUAUGGACGUGCCGCAAGCUCUGCAUGUGGUAUUCUUGUUGAACUCGGUACAGGUGAUUUGGAGCUAAAACUUGUAGUUGCACUACUAGAAGCUGUGGAAGCAACUGGGGGAGAAGUGGGAAUGCAACUGCGGGCGGCAGCAUAUGCGCUUCUUGGUGGGGCAUUAUGGUCAGCGUGUUCGGAUGAUGUUGGUAAGCGUGGAGUUCUGGUACAGGCACUUGCAGAUGUGACAGAGGCUAUUCGCAGCGGUGUGCCAUGCGUGGCAUCAGGUGUUGAAGGGGAGAAGGAUGAUAUGUUGCUACUCCCAUUACUCUUUCCCCCACAAGUCUCAUGUGCUGUAUUGGCAGAAUAUCUUGAUGAUCGCCAACGUAUGUUACCAGCAGUAUCAGAAAAAUCACAAGCACAUGUUGCUUACUGUGCCGUACAAUCAAUUAUUGGAGGUUGUGCAAACGGUGAACAAAUGUGUUUACAACGUGUAUUUGAUAACCUUACUGAGUGGCGUAAUAUGAUAGAUGGUGAUGUUGCAGUAACAGCAUGGAAUGUCUUGCGUUGCCUUGAUGGUAUCUUUGCUAACUGCAAGAUCGAGAAUCUGAGAAAAUUAACUGUAUCAUCACCUGAAGAAUGGUUUGUAUUCGUAACUGAUCAUUGGUUAUCCUCUGAUGUUUGGGUUGUGCGACUUGCAGCUGCACAACUAUUGGCGCGAUUGGCAGUAAUAACAGAUAGACGUGAUGAUUUUACAUCUAAUGCUGUUAAGGGAUUUGAUGUGAAUGCUGAAACCUAUCGUCUCAGUGGUACCAUCCUUGCGCUUGGUGAGAUGCACGGUGACUAUGUUACCCCCACAGCAUCGAUGGCCAUUUCAUUUGUAGCUCGUGUGUUGAAACAGCAACGUGGGUUACGUGGUGAUACAACUAUUGUGACAACAGCUCUCUUGGCACUAAUACGUAUGGUACCAAAGCAUGAAAAUUUAAUAAAAUCUACUGUCUCCACUACAUUGUUGCCACAACUACUAGUACCAGCAUCAAUAAAACCCCUUGAACCAAUCGUUUCAUCUCUUUUGCUUACGCUAUCUUCAAUGCUCUCCCUUCAUAUACCCCCUCAACAGGAUAAUGGUAUAAGAGUUUGUGUAAGGGAGUUUGUAUACAGUGCCGCUUCCUGUCAGUCACUCUCAGCCGGAGGUAUCAGUUCAAUCUUGAGAGAGGUACAGCGAAACGUGAAAGAUCUCAAGCAGGUAGUAAAAACGUACACUGAUGUUACGAAUACAUUUGUUUUGGAUGUAGCCGUUGUGAAACGACGUGUAUGGGGAAUUAUGGAGAGUGCAGGAGGACACCUUAGCGAUGAAGUAUCGCGAGAAAUAGCCAAUGUAUUGGAUGCUUGCUAUUCUGUUAAUAGUUCUGAUGUAAAUAAUGUAUCUCUCUUACAAGUAGUAUCUAUGAUUGAUACAGCUUCUUCUGAUGAGACACGCGGUGCGUGGAUGAAUUUGGCUCGUACCAUUGUUUUACACGCAUGUUGUGAUGGUUAUCGUCAUUUAGGUACAUGUAUUCAACAAAUGGAACUCGUUGUGCGAGGAAAGCCACCGCAGCAGUCUGAAGAGAGAGAAGAAAAUAUGAAGAUGGAUUCCUCAUCAAAUGGCACCCAUGAGGCUGAAGAGAAGCGGUUGUCGUCUGGAGCUCAUAAAAAACGCGGUUUAAAUACAGCAGGUGUAGGAAUAGGUGUAGGUGCAGCAAAAGGUGAGACAGCAAUGGAAGUAACAAGUGAGGUGGCAUCCAAGGUGGCUGUGGUAACGCUCAUGACAGAAAUACUUGAAAAACAACUAGAACUACAACAGCAGUAUGAUGAGGGAAUUUGUUUCGAUCUCCCUGCGAUGAUGGAUGCUGAUAAACGUGCAUCUCUGAUUCGUGUACUCCUCACGGCCGCCUCACUAGCAGAGGUGAUGCCAAGUAUGAUUGCACCUGCCGUUUCUGCACUGCACGCCAUUCUGCGAUUAUAUGGUGGUCGUCCGGUGAAUGGUACAUUAAGUGUAUCACCGCUGCUCCCGUGGCGUGUAUUGCUUGUUAACGCACUGCAGAGUGUCAUUUCACGCGCAGUUUUCUGCUGUGAUGCGGCAUGCGGACUGGCAGAAACAUUUCUUGUGUGUGGUGUCGCAGAUGACGCUGCAGUGCGACGCAUCACCACAGCACUAACAUUGUUGUUAACAGCACUUGAUGUAUGUGAGGCCGACGCCGAUGCCGUUGCGGCCCGUACAUCUGUUAGUGUGAGUACUACCGUGCGCCACGGCGGGGGAAGUCGUGUUCUCAUUGCCCUUGCGGCCUGCAGUGGAAAGUGUGCGGCGGCAGCAGAGACGAUAGCGUCAGCGAGCGGACAGGCCGCUGCGGCGUUGAUGUGCAAUCAACUGACGACAUCCAUUGCACUUGCCCACGGGUAUGAGCCGGCACACGAUAUGGCAUCGGCGCCACUGGAUGAUUGUGCACAUGCCACACCAGCAGCGGCGCUUGCGGUGUUGAGUUGCAUGUGUGCUGUCGCAAAUGCACUUGGGCCAACAGUGCGGCACGCCGCCGGGUGUCUUGUGUGUUUGUUAUUAUGCAUGCGGUGUGUGCCGCUGCGGCCCAUGUUGGGCAUCGUGCCACUGCUCUCCACGAAACACCAAGAGAUUAUUUGGGAGGUCUCCUUUAAGCUUCUUCAAUCACAACCAUCACGGAAGAUGGGGAUGGGGGAACAGGCAGAAUUGGGCGAUGAGGCACUAAGCGAUGGCGAUGCGGCAGACGUGCUGGAGAUGGCAGCAGCCACAAUGUGUGAGAAGAGUGCAGAAGAGGUGGAGUCACUUCUUGCUACAAUGACAGCACACCAUCGCGGAUGUGUGGGCUCACUUGGUGCUCUUCGUCUUGCGUUGCAGGCAUCAUGUCGUGUGGAGUGUAUUGAACGCCUACUGCGUCAUAUCAACGUGAAUGCUAUUCUAACAUGUCAGGAGAAAAUUGUUGAAGCUAUGGCACAGUAUGUACAGAAGUUAUCAACUGUGGAGCAAAAACAUCUAGCGCUUUCGAGUCGGUCUGGUUUAGUACUAAUGCUAUUACUCCCUCCCACAAAUAAUGGUAACCCAGUGGAGCUUCUCACAGGCACAUCCCUCUCAGAGACUGUGAUGAUGCGCCUUGCAGAAGCCCUUAAGGAAGCAGAAGAACCUUUGUUGUUGCUGCAACGUGUAUUCCCACGCCUGCAGGAGUCCGUGCGAGUCUGUGGGAUGCUUCUCGCGUUAUGUCUCUCCGUGCGGUCGCCAGUGUUGCAGCAGCGGUGGUCUCCCUGUGUGGAACACGUGUUGCUAAGUAUUAUACAUAGUGAGACAAUGCAGCGGGAAAACCACAGUCCGGAGGUGCUGAAGCGCAUAACUCUGUUCGUCCGCGGGGUGUUACUACUGUUAUCCACAACAACCGCCGAGACCGUUCGUUCACGCCAUCCGAGUGCAUGUGCUGCGUUGACAAAGCAGUUACUGCAGGAAAAUGCAAACGAGUUAAGGGAAGUCAUUCAAUCUCUCCCUGGAGGAGAGGCGGCAGCGCUGCGUAAGCUUAUGCAGCUACAGGGGGUUGGUAACUCGGCGGGCACACAGCGGAUGCCACAGGAGUAUCGCUCUAAUAAUGAAGUUCAGCCACAAGGACGUGCCACGGUAAUACCACAGCGUCUCACCAUUAAUGUGGCAUCAUAUACAAAGGUGUAA